CGGCGUCGCCCCCCUGCCAAUAGAAAACCUAAUCAUCAUAUUCCCCCCCACCCGGUCUCGCUCUCUCUGACGACUCCUAUCGGUUCGAAGAGGUAGAACAAGAAUAGAAGACGAAGACGCAGGAGAUAAAGCCGCAAACGGCCAUCUUGAAUUUUGAAAGUUUCUUUGGAGCAGUAUGGAUGAAAGAAGGACAUAUGGGAAGAACAAAUCUGGAAGUUUUAGAAAACGAACUUAUGACCAAUUUGAUAAUGGGAAAAGGAAGAAGCACAAUUCUGGUCGUGAUCAUGGUUCUACAACCACUAAACCUAUUGAUACUAUUUAUCGCAUCCUUUGUCCUGUAAAGAAGAUUGGUAGCGUUCUUGGGAAAGGAGGUGACAUAGUUAAUACCCUGAGAGAUGAAACCCAUGCAAAGAUAAGGGUUGCAGAUGCUAUUCCUGGGGCAGAGGAAAGGGUAAUUAUCAUAUUUAGUUACCUGUCACAAUCUGAAAAAAAUGAUUCCGAUCAGGAUUUGGACGAUAGUGAUGGAAAUGAGCUAGAGGAUAUGCAGCCCCAUUGUCCUGCCCAGGAUGCUUUACUUAAGAUCCAUGAUAGGAUUGCUGCAGAUGAGAUUCUACGUGGUGGUGUGGUACAAUCAAAGACUGAACCCGAUGAUGUUGUUACUGCUCGAAUUUUGGUCCCAAAAAAUCAAGUUGGAUGUCUCCUUGGAAAGGGUGGAACAAUUAUUCAGCAACUGCGAAGUGAGACCGGUGCAAAUAUACGUGUAUUGCCUUCAGAUCACCUUCCACCUUGUGCUAUGGACAGUGAUGAACUAGUACAGGUAUCAGGAGUGCCAUCUAUUGUGAAGAAGGCUUUAUACAGAAUUUCAACCUUGCUGCAUCAGCAUCCCCAUAAGGAAAAUCCUCCUCUAGAAGAUCUUAUAUAUGCCAGUACCCAAGGUUCAUAUCACUCUGAACCUUCCGUACCUCCCCCAUUGCCUCAGGGAAAUCGAGUGUGGUCCCAAUAUCACUCUGAUGCCCAUGUUCCACCAACAAUACCACGGUUCAGUAGGUACCUAGAUGAGCCAUCUGGGUAUCCUCCUAGUAAUUUUGGCAGAAGCAAUUUUGGAAAUGAUGGUGAAACUGUAGAAGAAUUUUCCAUUAGAAUUUUAUGUGCUACAGUGAAGAUCGGUGGGGUGAUUGGCAAGGGUGGGGUCAAUGUCAGACAAUUAGAGCAACAGACAGGUGCUCACAUUCAAGUUGAGGACACUGCUCCUGAGGCUGAGGAACGUGUGAUUAGUAUUUCAUGUAAGGAGGUUCCUUGGGAUACAAUUUCUCCAACAAUUGAAGCUGUUCUUCAACUUCAAAGCAGAACAAGUGCAAGCUCUGAAAAUGGUGUUAUCACAACUCGAUUGCUUGUUCCAUCUAGUAAAGUUGGUUGCAUUCUUGGACAAGGUGGCAACAUAAUAACAGAAAUGAGAAGGCGAACUAAAGCAGAUAUUCGUGUUUACUCCAAGGAUGACAAGCCAAAAUAUACAUCUGCGAAUGAAGAACUAGUGCAGAUUUCUGGAACUCGAGAUGUUGCACGGGACGCACUUGCAGAGAUUGCUUCUAGGCUCAGAGCAAGGACUUUCCGAGGCGGGAAUGCUGCUGUUAAUCCUGCACCUAGUGCACCUUUUCAUGGAAUUCCUCCUUUAGAAAGCAGGUCUGACCGAGGUGUACCAUCAUAUGGAAAUGCUGCUUUAGAUUAUGCACCACCGAGCCAUUUUCGUGGUUACACUCCUGAAAGCUUUUCUGCUCGAGAAAUACCAACAUCUAGCAUGGUUGGACCUGGGAAAUCUGUCGGUUACAGUUACCCAAAGGGUUAUGAUCUGCAGGGUUAUGGACAGGCACACGAAGCUCAAUACUAUUCUACACCAUCAGCUGCUCCUGGUUUCUCUCAUUUGUCCAGGUACUCUAAUUUUAACAGUUCUAUGGACGUCAAGAUUCCUAAUAGUGCAGUGGCACCCGUUAUUGGAGCUGAUGGUAGCAAUAUUUCUGAUAUACAUCAGGUUGGUGGACGGUUAAAAUUACAUGAUCCACCUUUUGGUGCUCCGGAGCGUGUUGAUAUGCAUGGUUCAUCUGAUCAGUUGAAGGUAGGACACGGCCCUCUUCCAUCCUACAUGACAUCUGGGGGACAAAGUUUUCCACCAUCUCAGGUACUUCGUCCAUAUUAGUCUGACUGGGAACCCGUGAUUCUUUUGUUCCUUGUCAGUUAAAUGCUAUUCUGCUGUUCUUUAAUGGCUGAAGUGGCACAACUAUGCCUUCAAUGUGUGGGUAGGUGAGCUGCUAACUUGUACCUGUUACCGUAGACAAUGCUAUGUUUACAGACUAAAAGAUGAUAAAUAGUUUUGUUAUGAAUUGUUGAAUGAUUUGAUGAUGCCAUUUCCAGUUGCAUAUUGACGGAACAA